AUGGGCAGCAUGCCGAAGUCCAAAGCUUUCGAACUUCUCGAUGCAUACGUUGAUGCAGGAGGGAAUUGUAUUGACACCUCGAACAACUAUCAAGACGAGCAAUCAGAGCGAUGGAUUGGUGAAUGGAUGAAGGCUCGUGGCAAUCGUGAUAACAUUGUCAUUGCGACCAAAUACACCACCGCCUACCGAGACUAUGAGCUUGGAAAAGCCUCUUAUGUUAAUUAUUCUGGCAAUUCGCGAAGAAGUUUACACAUGUCAGUUCGAGACUCGCUUCACAAACUGCAGACAGACUGGAUCGAUAUCCUCUAUGUUCACUGGUGGGACCAAACCACCUCGAUUGAGGAGGUAAUGGAUAGUCUCCAUAUUCUUGUGCAACAAGGCAAGGUGCUCUAUCUGGGAGUGUCUAAUACUCCAGCCUGGGUUGUAUCGGCGGCAAACUACUACGCGAAGGCAAAUGGAAAGACUCCGUUUAGUAUUUACCAGGGGAGAUGGAAUGUUCUCCGCCGCGACUUCGAGAAGGAUAUUCUCCCGAUGGCCAGGCACUUCGGUAUGGCAAUUGCACCAUGGGACUCCAUAGGUGGUGGGAAGUUCCAGUCGAAGAAGCAGCUCGAGGCUCGCAAAAUCGCAGGCGAAGGCCUCCGCGCGAUCGGGAAUGCGACCCAGACUGAGGACGAAGCUAGAAUGAGCGAGGCACUCGAGAAAGUAGCAGCUGAGCAUGGAGUGGACUCGGUAACGACCAUCGCACUAGCCUAUGUGCUAUCGAAAGCACCUUAUGUCUUUCCCAUUAUCGGCGGGAGAAAGAUUGAGCAUCUGCAAGACAACCUCAAAGCACUGGAGAUCCGCCUAACUGAUGCCCAGAUCGAAUACCUGGAGAGUAUCAAGCCGCUGGACUUUGGAUAUCCUACUAAUUAUAUUGGAGAGGACCCAAGAAUCACCGGCAAAGCCAGUGGGGUUUUGGCAACUACUGGUCCCCUUGCCUUUGUCAAGUACCCAAGUCCUAUCAAGCCCUCCUUAUAG